AUGACAAAAAGCUGCUUACCUGCGUUCCCGCUCGUCGUCUUCGGCAUCGUCGAGCCUAUUCUUCUCAUAUGGGCCUACAUCGUAGCCCUCCGCGACCCUACCGCCUUCUUCGCCGCGCAGGCCCCCAACCAUGCCCUCCCCGUCUCCGAGCCUCUCCCCCCUCAAGCGCUAGUCUUGCUUCUACAGCUUAUCAACGUAUUCUUGUUACUAGCGGGCCUAGCCGUCGUCUGUUCCUGGACACCGCACGCUUCCGUCGCCCGUUGGUAUUUAGUCGUUGUAGCGUUCGCAGAUUACGGCCAUAUCUGGGCAUGCUACCGGGGCGUCGGCCCGGAAUUGUUCUGGAACACUGCCGAAUGGAAUGAUAUGCUGUGGGGCGGCGUUGGCGGGAGUGCGGCGUUGAAUGUGGUCCGUUGGCUUACGGUAUUCGGAGUGUUCGGGGCGCUCGGGAGGCCGCGGGGGCCGGGGAGUGCGAAGAAGAUUGCUUGA